GCCAAGGCCAAGGCCAAGGCCGGUGUGGGCGAGGAGCCGGGGUCGUUACCCCGUGGUCAUACCGAGCCCCAGGCUCACAGCAACAGCAGCAACAACAGCAGCAGCAGCAGCCUGUUGGGGGACGUGUGGAGUAAAGUGUGGCUGGGGGGCGGCUUGCUUUCCCUCGCCCGCAGAGCCGCCUGUUAUCCCCCACCCCCGUGUCGCCACCCCCCAACACAGGCACACCCCCCCGUGGGACCUGUGGACAUCUGACCCUCCAGCAUCUUCUCUCCACCUGGAAAAUGUCAACGUCAACAUUUGGACGCUCUCUCAUCUCUCCCUCUCCACCGUCCAGAGAAUGGAGAAGCCCUCAGAACUUUCCCAAUUCAUCGCCGUGGACGGGUACCAUGGUUAUUUUAGCCUGGAAGAGGAGCACAAUUGCCCCAAGCAGCAGCAGCAACAACAACAACAACUGUUCAAUUCGGCCAGUGACCUCUCCCCUGGUUCUACAUCUACAAUGACUCGCUCCUCCGAGCCUGGUGACCUGAAGGAAAAAGGAGAAGAAUACAGUUCUGUAAAAAGUGUAGAGGCAGUUUUGUUGCAGCUUCUAAAUGUGGACUUGCCCUCCUGCAAUCGUUUGGAAAUUGAAGAUAAAAUUCUGCCCUUCGGAGAUGAGGAGUGGACAAGUAGUGAUGAUGACACUGAGGAUGAUUCAGAUGAAGAGGAAACCAGCCCUUCCAUAUCCAGACCUCAGUGUGCCAAUAAAACUAUCGCCUAUAUUUAUGGGAAGCCAGGAUAGUGAUGAAGAUGAUGACAGUGAGGAUGGGGAGAGUGACUGGGACGAUGAUGGAUUUGAUAGCGAUGGAAGUUCUGAACUCUCGGACAGUGACGAAAAUGAAAUUCUCUGGAACUCUUUAGUAAAUUUCUCUGAUCCGUACAACCUGUUGAACUUUCAAGCUUCUAUUAAAACUCGACACAAGUUAGAAACUAGAACUGUAUUGGAGUCCAGUAAUCCCCAGCAACCUGUGUUGUGCUUCCCCAACUUAAAAGAUGCUGAGGAGAGAAUGGACAGUGGGUUUUCAGAUGAGUCACAGAACCAGCUGCCUCUACAAAGAAAAUGCAGGAAAAAGGUUGCCUUUGAUGAGCAUGUCACAGAAUAUUACGUGAGCAGCGAGGAGGUCCGUAAAGGUCCUUGGGAAGAGUGUGCCCGAGAUCGCUGCCGCUUCCAGAAGCGAAUCAAGGAAACUGAAGAAUGUAUUGGCUGUUGUUUUACCCUUGAACACCGACGGACAGUGCUGAAGAGAAUGCAGCUGGGCAGCUCGUGACCCCUGAGCAGACCGGAUUGAGAAAACAGAACUCUCCUCUUUUGCUGUAGACUAACGACUAAAUAACCCUCAAGUUUGUUCCAACUGUGCAAUGUCAGCUUUGAGGCUGGUGGUUAAAGCAGAAUGUUUUGCACAGUUGUUACAAGGCUGACUGGAGUAAAAAGCAGCCCUUUAUGAAACGUGUCACAUUUGAGGUUGCAGAGUCACUACAUCAGAGGAGUCUAAUAUUGCUUUGGCACUAUUGUGAGCUAUACCUGGGCUGAUGCUUUUAACUGUUUACUCUUUUUACAAUAGGUUUCCCCAACGUGCAAGAUAACUUUUGCAUAAACGUUAGUCAAACGUGAAGAGAUUAAUGAUUUGUGGAGGUUGAGUGCAUUUGUUCAAUGAGUUAUACAGUCAUUCAUUUAUUGCCCCUUUUAUUCCUGGAAUCUGGAUUAAAACCCAAUCUAGAUCCAUCCAUGCAAGUACCUUGUGUACCAGCUGACUAAAUCCUCUACAAUAUUCACUUGGAGAAAAUGCAAAGGUGAUGUAGCGACUGGAAGAUGUAUUUCUGUGUCAAUACGGUACCCAUUUGCAAUGAGACGGAGGCACUUUUCCAAAGCAGAUGUUUAGGGGACAAAAUAUCUUGUGAAUUUCUUAAAGCAUUUGAAGCUCAGAUAGCAUCAACCACCUGGGUUUCCUUCAGAAAGUCACGUGUUUAAAGAAUAAUGAAGGGCAACGUCUUAAAGGAAUCCAACCUAAUUUUUUUUUUAAUUUCACCUUCGGCCUACCGAGUCUAUGCUAGUUAAAUUUAAAAUUCAGAGCUACUAUGGUGGGAUUUAAAUUAAUUUUGCUGCAUUGUUAAUUCAGGCCUGGGAUAAUUGGUCCAGUAAUUUAAAUGCUUUGUCACACCAGAUUAGCUUUUAGCUUUUAGACAAAUGGGAAGUACUCAAAACCAAGCUGAAAACCACGGCCUGUUUUAACAGCUCAGCAUUUAAAGAAGUGCUUUUAUUUUGGACGUCAUCUAUUGGAAAGUUUACAAGUUGUGGGAGCAGAGUUAGACCAUUCAUUCCAUCAAGUCUACUCCACCAUUCAAUCGUGGCUGAUCUAUCUUCCCCUCUCAUGCCCAUUCUCUUGCCUUCUCCCCAUAACCCCUGACACCUGUAUUAAUCAAGAAAGGGUGGAACCUUUAAAAGAUUGGUUUAAAUUCUGGAUGCCGAGUUAAUGUUGUCCAAUAUUAUUCCUUUAAGCAGCCUUUUUAAUGUUAACAUUUCCACCCACAUUCAGUUUCUUGUUGAAUUCCAUGAGUUCUGUGCUCAUAAAUUUUCCCUUGUUGAAGCACUUAAUUCUACCCAACAGCCAUUUGCUGCAUAACAGCACUGUGGUUGUUUCAUUUUCUGAUUAUAUUUGAAUCAUUUCAGUUCACAAGUGAAGGAAUAUAUUGCAGUUAUGCAUGUUUUCCUUUCGCCUGCCCAGCAAGUUACAGGUGCUCCCCGAUUUGCUACGCCUCGACUGGCGAUAUAUCGACUAUACGAUGGUGCAAACGCUGGGCGACGGCAGCGAGCCAUUGUUUACGGUGGCUUUAUCGGAACGUAGCCCCAUCGCAGGUCGAGGAGCAGCUGUAUCUUUCAGUGUGCUGGGUAUUGAUCUCUCCGUUUGAUCAUUUUAUGGGUUUUUGAAAUAUUGAAAUCAGGGGAAAGAGAACGUUUGAUUUAGCCAAGUUGCUGAAGCAAAUAUUUCAUAACUUAUUAGGACCAAUACACUUGCCAUUGCUGGGUAAUGUUGCUUAAAAGCUACCUAGUUAGAUGUUUUUUUCCACGCGAAAGCUUUCCAUGUUUAGAAGCAUCUCAGUGCAAUGCAGUUGGUUCGUUUACCUAUUUGGCCGUUUUUUCCAGUUUCCAGGAGGAAUUUCUUGCCGUUUCCUAUAAGCAGAAUUACUCACUACAUCGGGAGACUAUUUGGCCCUUCUUCGUUUACUCAGCCAUUUGUAACAACCAUCUAAAUGAGCCCACUCCCCUACUUGUAAAGUCUUACAUUAUUUCCCCCUUUCGAGAGAUACCACCAGGUUUGUUUUCAGGCAUUUGAUUCCAUUUGGUAAAAGCUCUUGGAUAAAGGGAAAAUCAGUUGGUUCUUUUGGCAAUUUGAGAAAAACUUUGAUAUUUCUGCUGAUAGCUGAUUGCAUCGCAGCUUCAGCUAUAAAGGGAAUGGUGGUGUAAGAUGGGCAAUGCAACCGUAUAGGUACAGUUUUUGUUUAUCGCAGCUAUCUAUUCAACUGCUACUUUGACAUAAAGACACCAAAUCUCACAAAUGCCCCACCUGUAAGGCACCAUUUAUUGAAAGAUAUGGUUAACAUUCCCGGCUAAUGGAUUGGUGAAGGGGAAUUAAUCAGAAACUUUAACGUUAUUUUUCCUGCACGGACGCUGCCUGGUUUACUGAGUACAUCGGGCAUUUUCCGAGCUUAUUUCAGAUUUCCAAAUUGCAAGUACUUUUGUCUUCUGAUCCAAGUUGAUUUUGAUUGGUGAUUUACAUCUCAAUGCAGGAUUCAUCCAUAAACGUGAAUUUAAUUUCUUGCAUUCCAAAGAGUGGGAAGAAUAAUGUUUUAUUGUUUCUGGCCUGAUUAGGAAAUGCUAUCAUAGUCACAUGGUUCUUUUUUAUGUGGCUGCUGGUUUGCUUAUUGCAACAUAUCACAUUCUGAUUUAAGGCAUAUUUUUAACUUGGGAGAUGGGCAAAACAUAUUAAAGUGGCAGAUUAAUUUGUCAGCAUGCACAUGAGGAAUUUGCCUUACGCAUUAAAAUAUUUCCAUCAUUCUAUUCUCAGGCAAGCUACCUACCCAACUGUAAUGCACUCUUGGCAUAUUAAAAGUACUACAUUAUAGGUCAUCGCUAUUUUGCACUUGGGGUAUGAAAUCAACAUUGUUUUAUGCUUAUUAGCUUUUGUGAAGUUAAGUGCUAUUUUGUUCCAGCUAAUUGGCUUUUAUGUGUGUAACAAGUGCCAUAUCUUUGAAAUGUGGCCCAUCACAUUCAGAAUCGGGACUGUUUCAAUUAUUCUCUCAUAUUUGAGGACAGGGAUAUCGGGUCAUUUUUCCGCGUUUCAAUUUUUAAUGCUUACUUUAGGCAGUUUAUUGCUAAAUCUGAGUUACGUGCAAUUAAUGUUAUGUUAUCAAUAAAACUCUGCUUAGAUACUCGCUCAAUCAGUUAAAAAUGAGGAAUUCCAUUUUCAAUUUGAUUGGGAGCCUGUGAAAUAAUUACGGGUUAGAAUUUGGAAGCUGUCAAGUAUUUUGUUAGCUUCAUUGAAGACAAAUCAAUAUCAAACAUACUAGAAUUCCUGUUUUCAAAAUUAAACACCCACAAAUAAUAUUAGCUUGAAAAGUGAGAUAUGAAAUCCAAAUCUGUAAAUUUUAUCCUUUAGAAUUGGCAUUGUGCCUUCGAAACAGUUGACAGUUUAACACAGCUUAAAACAACCACUUCAGCCAUGUUUUUCACAUUCUGAUGGCGAAUGGUGCUUUAAAUAUCACUUGGUUUUCACUUCCAGCAACCAAUGUACAAAUUUCGAGUCUAAAAUGCAUCUACAUUUACAGCUCACUAUAUAAAUGCAUUUCUCAGAAACUCAGCAACACUUGCACAAUGAACUUCAGCACUUAUGGUGCUCGUUUAAAAGAAAAUGGUGAUUGAGUGUCGUAUUUCAUGUGAUGGAGAAACACUUGUACACAGUCCUCUACCCUGCAUCAGGGGAUUUCAUCUAACCAGUUAAUCCAAAGCCCUCCCAGAAUGAGAAUCCUAAACUCAGGCUAAAGGAGAUGUAGGGAACUUGUGAUGCAUAGGUUGUUGCUAUUACACAUUACAUGUAAAUCUGUGUGAUCACUGAUCAUUGAGUCUGUGAUAGAUUUAACCCAGCACCAGUAGCAGAUCUGAGAGCGUCUUGGACGUUAACAGGCAAAUUUACAGAUUUGAUGUGACAGAAAUCCAAUCUCAGUUUCUGUUUUUCAAUCAUUUUCUCCUUUUAUUACGUGAAAAUGUUAGGUAUGUGAGUUUGUGAAGACUUUUGCACCAUUGCCCUCAGUACAUGGGUUUUAAUUUACCAAGCAACUAAUUAUUUUUGUAAAUUUUUUUUUUGCAGAUUUGUAAAAUAUGUAAAGAAUAUAGUCAAUUCUAUUUUGCAUUAGAUUGGUUAAUUAUUGAUAAGCAGCGAUUUAAAACAAUUAAUUUAUAAUUCCCCAUCAAACUGUUAAAAUGGGAAUCACUAAUGGUGCAUUUAAGCACGGAAAACUAAUUUCAAAUAAAAGAAGUCUGAAGCAUG